GUUUGAAAAAAAAAAAAAAGAAAGAAAAGAAGACACGAUGCGAGUUGUGGACUAGCUAGUUAAAUUAGCAUAAUUGAAUGCUAGUUAAAUUCGCAUUAUUUAAAUUUAAUUGAAGAAGCUUAAACUUAAAGCAGUGCUAAAACAUUUGAAAUUUGAUACACAGGCUGGAAGAGACGACGAAAUUGUUGUCGAUAUAGUUUUGUUUACACACACAACUUUAUUAACAAGGUUAUUUAGUUUAGCAGGUGUGGUGGUGCUAGGUGAAGAGAUGCAGGCGUCACACGGCGGUCCGCGCAGAAAACUCAACCGAAACGCGUUCAAGCUGGAGCACGGCCCGGUGCCGAAGCGCCGCCGCGUUUCCGUUUCAUCCUCGAGGUCGGAGUGCACCGCUCCCGUCGCUGACGUGCACGCGGAACCCUCGACGGCACGUGAGACGAGCCACGCGCAUCAACAGGAGCCGUCGCGCGCUACACGAAACCACGAGCCGAGCCAGUGUACACUCAGGGACUGCAAUAAUAAUAAUAUUAGUGACAAUAAUGAGGAUGAUGAUAAUAUUAGUGCGUCACGGCGCAAAGAAAUCCGCUGUCAUUUGCACCUGGCGCUGCGGUGUUGCUUUGAGAAGUCCGCGAGCCGCGCGGACGCCGAGCAGAGCGUCUCGUGCACCGUGUCGCGCUUAGUAAACGGAGACGUGCGCGUGGAGACGUCUAGCUCAACCGGGGACGCGCUCGAGCCCCACGCGGUGUGUGCGGGAAAGUCCGGGGUCAAACAGGAAGACACUCCAGUAGAGGCGGCUGAGAAGAAAGACGGACGAGCUGCUCAUCCAAGUAAUCAAGUUUUGGGAUUUUCUGUUGGCGAGCACAUAUUGGAUGUUGCAGAAGAUGUCGAGGGGUGGUCUGAGUCUUCGGAUAAACAGGGUUUGAGGAUGCCAGGCUGUAAGAGAAUAAAAUCAUUGUCAGUUGAGGGGAAUGAAUGUGUGACCAUAAAACAUGAGGAUGGCCAGCGGUGUGUUAAGACGGCUUGUUGUAUGGCAGAAGAAUCAGUGGUGGACUCUGAAGUUCAGGAGAUCAAAGAGUCCGGAGUGCUCCGUGUGCCUCCUUUGUUAUUAAGACGCGUUCGUGCACUUGUUCCCCACCAACACUUCCAACAUGCGGAUUUAGCUGACCACUUCACAGUUGGAGGAAAAGACAAAACACAGAUUGACAGUUUGCUAGCCGCUCCAACUCUUGCAGGGCCUGCUAAAGAUCAAUCGAAGUACCAGAAAAAUCAGGGAGCAUCAAUUAGUAGUAAGGGGAACUGCUUUAAUAAGUCCCUCAGUGUGUUUGAGGAGGACCGAUCCAGACCUGGUUGUGUACAAAAAAACAAUUCUCAGGCGGUGGCCAUGUGUUUUCCCAUGGUCACGAAUGACGACACACUGAAUUUAAUUUCGCCUGACUCGAUCACUGCUGUGGGCACCAACCCUACUUUUCUUGAGGAUGACAAGAAUGGCACAAAGGAUGCAAUCUUCCAUCUUCCAGUUCCCCUUCCAGCCCUCCAACAAAAUGCUUUUCAAACAUCUUCAUGCCUUGUACAUUCCAGAGAAAAACAACAAACUCCUACAGUGAGGGUACCUUCCACCAUAGAACCACAACACCCUUCCUUAGUGAUGGUAGAUCUCAAAGAAGAGCAAAAAAAUUAUAAUGAUAUUAAGAAAAUUCAUGAAUGCAGUCUGAAUGUUUUGGACCAAACUGAUGACCAAAGCACUUUUUCCCCAACUUGUGUUGGAGGUAGUAGUUGGGACACACCCUUACAAUCCAUAACAAACAGCGAUUCCUUUUUAUCCAGCGAGGAAGAUAUGAGAAGCCAGUCUCCUGCUGAAAGACCAGAGGAAGGUGAUGCAGAAUGUUUGUUGCUACAAGAAGAGUUGUGUGAGAUUGGCAAAGCUAACGCAAGUCCUUCACCUCUUCCUGCCCCAAAGGGCUCUGUGGUUACUGCUGGUGAUCUGGAUGUUGUGCGAGCUUAUGAGGAUGAUGCCAUUGUACUCGAUGUCAUUCAAGAUGACCCAGAUCUUUUUGGAGCCGUUAUGAGUACAGCAGAAAAUUCUUCCUCCAAAGCCACUUCAUCCCCAGUUCAAAGCGAAAAUAACAGGCAGAUGGACCAGACACCCUGGGACAGAAAGCCCAACAGGAUAGUCUGGGACUUAGAGGCAGAAAAUCCCAGGAACAAUGUCCAGACUGCUGCUGAUGUCUAUGUGGAGAAUGAUGGUGGAUUUUGCAGAGAGGAGAUUAAAGGCUCCGAAGGUCAGUUAACGUUUGGGACAAAGUGGACUCCAGUUAACCCAGUAGUCAUGCAAGAACAGAUGGAUCUGGAUUGUAACAACAACCUAGAUAAAAAAGAAAGUACCGAUCUAAAUGUCAUGACCGUAAAUAAUGGGUUGAUACGGCAAGUGGACAAUGCAUGGAACAGUGUUCAUUGUACCGCGGGGAAAGAUCUCAACAUUAUGAGACCGAUCCCGUUUUCCUAUUGCCGGUACUACUUCAGCGAAUGUUACUCAUGCAUGCGGAAUAUGUGCAUAUACCUUCAUGUGCCAAGAAAAGAAGAUGAAAAGUUUUGUAUGGACGUUGUGCAGAGGUUCUCUCGGGUUAGAAUUCCUCCCAUUGUACAGCGAGCAGUGGAGGUUUUUGUGGCUUAUUACAGGACCAAUUCCCCUGGUGUAAGCUUCAGUCAGAACGUUGUGAACCAGUUGCUGUCGUCGCUGCUCAGUCUGGCAAUGCUCAAAAACCUUCUGACAGUCAUCAACACACUCAUCACGCACAAGAGAACGCCUCCUCCGGGGUUUGUGAUGGCGCUUUAUCAACAUGUUCGGGAAAGAAGAGUCCUAAAUUUUGUCCCGGAGCUCAUACUUCUCACCUCUAAGAUAACAGAGGUGGGGUGUGUGUUCACUGUGGAGCAGUGUGAGAUGAUGCAGCUCCAUCUUGAGUCCUUGCACAUACCAAUACAGCAAAUGAACAUUUUCCGUGUGGUCAAAUGCAGGGCUUUGGCCACCAACCCACACUCCACUGAGCUGUCGGAGAUGACCCAGGCUGUAUUCCGUGUGGAGCUGUGUAAGCAGCAGGAGGACUGGCCUGCUCUAGCACGUGUGUUCUGCGCUGUGUUCGUUGGUCGCCACAGUGCAGGAGAGCUGUCGAGGUUCUGCUGCUGCGUCACUACAGCGCUCCUGAAGGAGCCUAAAGAUAAACUGAUGCUGCCCUAUGAGCCUUUCGCCGAGUCAGUUUGUCAGGAAGUGUCAUCAGACGCGAUGGUGAAAAGUUUUCUUGGUCGAGUGGGAAUCUCACUGAUGUUCAGUUAUUACAGAAACCAAGACUGGCCCAAGGGUUUGAAGCUGUUGUGCGUGAUGUCGAGACUGCAGGUGGAAUUCGCAAUGCUCAAAGGGCUCUUCAACAAUGAAAAUGGAACAUCUCGCUGUCAGCUGAUCACCAUAGCGACAGAGUUCUUCCUCAACAGUGGCAGCAUAGAGGGAGCGCUGAAUAUGCUGAAAGCUAAUGAAUGGUUUGUGAGCUCAAGUGCAUGGCCGUGUGACCUGGCAGACAUACAGAACCGCAGGAAAAUACUGACUCUGCUUGCUGAGAAGACGUCAUACCGAGACACACUGGAGGUCCUCACUAACUUGCCAGGGCUGAAACAGCCUGUGGAUGGAGUUCAGGCAGUUGAGUACGACACUGUGUUUAACGCGCACCUUCAAAGGUGUGUGACGAACCAGGUGUUGCCGGUUGCCGCGGACACGCUGGAAUUCAUGCUGACUCAAGGAAUCCCACCGGACGCGUCAGAACUUCAACACCUCAUCCACAAACUGGGCAAACAGAACAGCUGGAUCCGGGCCAGGACUCUGUUCAAACGUGCUCAUUCCGCAGGUUAUUACUCUGGGGUUGUAUGUGAGAAGGACUGUUUGAUUCUGCCCUGUUGUCUCACAGAAAUUGAGAUGACGCUGGCAUUCGAGAUGUUUAUUGCCCGCAUUUGUUCAAGCCUUCAAAACCCCAGUGACUUUUCUCUGCCAUUGCUUAUCACACUCAAACGGCGUGCUGGCACCGAACUGGCGAUGGAGAGUGAAUAUCUGGCAGCUGGAUCCCGGCUGCUUUCAGCAGCGAUGAUACCGAACCCCAAACUAAGCAUUCGUUAUACAGCUGUCAGUCAGGAACAGGAGCAGCUUUUUAAUCUGGACCGUGGCUCAGCGGCUAAGUGGCUCUCACACAACCGCAGCUGGGCUCAGGGGAUGUGGGGCAGCUUACACACACACACAAACCAAAGCAGCCUCUCAAUAAUAAAAAAAAAAUUAUUUUGAUAAUAUGAACAUUUUUAAGUCAGAAAAACCAAUCGUCAUGACAUACAGCUACUGCUAACUAUUGUUCAGCUCAGCAGCAGUAUUUUUUUUUUCAAAAGAAUAAAGUUCAGCGAAAAAUUAUUGCUUGUUAAAAAACCUGUGCUCAAUAAUAAAGGGCGUGAUGGAUAUGUUUUCUUGUCUUUGUAUUUUUGUUUGUUUGUUUUACCUGGCUCUGCUUUAUUCAAUUCCUUUGAAAUUUGAUUCAUAAUGUAAGCAACACAAAACCCUUAACAAAUGAGCCUCAACA